AUGGAUGAAGAAGUUUGUAUUAUAGGUGGUGGUGCAGCAGGAAUAAUUUCUUGUAAAAUUGCUAAAGACUAUGGCCUUGUACCUUGUGUGAUUGAAAAGUCCAAUUCAUUUGGAGGUAUUUGGAAAAAUUCUGAUGAAGAAAUAGGAGUAUGGAAUAGCUUGCGGACAAAUACUUCCAAAUAUUUUACAUGCUUUUCCGAUAUGCCAUGACCAUCGUCGACUGAUCCCACCCCACCCAAUAGAGAAGUUAUGGACUAUUUUUUAUCUUACAUUAGGUCUCAUUCACUAAUUGAUAAUUUUCUCUUUAACUGCAAAGCGACUUUUGUCAACAAAACUCAAGAAGGCUACUCUGUAAGGUGACAGAACACUGUAACUGGGCAGAUUUUCGAAAAAGAUUUCCCUUAUGUUAUUGUAGCAAACGGCUUCCACACAAAAGAAAUAUUCCCUGUUGAUGAUUGCUGUUUAUUAAAACUGAAAAAUUUACACAGUGGAAAAUACAGAGACCCCUAGCUUUCCCUUUGAAUUGGAACAAAAAUCCUAUUCCAAUUUAAAGGAGGUGAUUUUUUUUAAAAAAAAUUAUAUUAAAUCUUUCUUUGUAUAAAAUUUGAAAAUAAAUAAAUCGAGUAAAAUAUUUGAAUUUUAAUUUAUUUUUUAAAGAAUUAUUCAGUGUGAAACUGUUUGAAUAGCAUUAUAGUUGCCUUUUUAAAUUAGAGCUAAUUUUAUAAAAUUAGUAUUUUCACAUAUAAAAUUUUGGUAUUGAAAAAAUUUAUACCGGUUUAAAGUGGGGUUAAAAGUGCCCAAAAAAGGAAAUUUAUCUAUAUUUUGUUCCAAUUUAAAUGGGGAGUAAGGAAUUUAUUGGGCAAAAAGUUGUUAUAGUUGGCGCUUCCACAAGUGCUUGUGAUAUAGCCGAAGAUUUAGCAAACUAUGCAAGCGAGGUCAUACAAGUAAUUAGAAAGCCGCAUUAUUUGCUGCCUAAAUAUUAUCAUGGCAUACCUAUUGAUUUUUUUAGUAAAACAAAAUCACUCCAAAACUGAUUAAUUUCACGAGAAUCUGUGGAAAUUGGGCAAGAAAUGAAGAAAGGAUUUCGCCGACUGGCUGAGAAUCCAGGACAUCCAGAUUUAGUUAUUUUGCCGGAAGAUGAGCAGUCUAAUUCUUUUUCGAUAGUCAACAUUAACUAUAAAAAAUGUUUGGAAGAUGGCAAAAUCCAAAUUAUCAAAGGAAAACCGAUUAAUUUGACAGAAAAUAGCUUAGUUCUUGACAACGAAAGAGAACUGGAAGCUGAAGCAGUCAUUUGAUGCACUGGCUAUGAAGCUGAUUUGACAUUUUGUGAUGAGAAAAUAUUGGAAAUCCUUAAUUAUGAUGGUCAUGACAAUGUUCUCCCAGCUGUGAGCUUUCUAAAUACGAUCCACCCUGAUCUUCCAGGAUUCGGCAUCAUCGGCAUGCUCAGAGGAGUUUUCAUAGGAACUUAUGAGCUACAAGCAGAAUUGAUCAUGCGAUAUAUAAAGAAUUUAACUAAUUUAACUGAGCGCACUUUGAGAGAAGGUGUUGAGCAUGAGCUUCGCCUUAGAAGAGCCAUCCCAAAGCCACAAUAUAUAUACUAUUCUCUAGAGUUUACAGAGAGACUAAUGAAUGCGCUGAAUUUUAAAGGCAUUGAAAGUAAUAGUGAUACCCAAGAUAUCAUAAAAUUCAGGGAUAUUUUAUAUCUUCCUCAGUUCUAUAGGUUAGACAAAGGUGAGAGUCAGUUGAUUCUUUGUAAACAGGUCAUUGAUGAGCUAAAAGAAAGGUUUUAUAUUCACGAAGAGACGCUUACUGAAUUAUUUUUCUCAAAUCAAUAA